UCUUACUUUAGGAGACUCAAUGGACCCAAACGACGGCGCAUUUUAAUCUCAGUAACUGUAUUCUCAGUAGUUAUGUGCUUAUCGUUGGUUGUUCUCGCCUUUAGUCUGUGUUGGCUAUCGGAAACACAAAUUCAGCUAAGUGCAGGGUUGUUCUCAGAAAAAGACCCAUUUGCUGAUUUGAAGUAUUUCAAGAAAAGGGAUGCCAAGGAUAUUACAUGGGCACAUGCUGUAAAUAGUCAAGAUAAACUAAAGAAAUAUCUUGGAACAGACAUUAUGAUGUUUGAAGCAGAUGUUCUUAUGAGAUUCAAUCAAAACAAUACAGAACCUAUAAUGGCUCAUCCCCCCGACAAUGAUAGCAACUUGACUUUGCAACAAUUUCUUGUGGCAAUGAAGCAGACUCGUAAAGGGAUAAAACUUGACUUUAAGUCAAUACAAGCUGUUGAACCAGGGAUGAAAUUACUUCAAUCUGUCUACGGUAAAACAAAAGACAAUCCUUUGUGGUUGAAUGGCGAUAUUCUUACAGGUCCAGGUGCUAACUCUAAAACAAAUCCUCCAUUUGAUGCAAAGAUGUUCAUCACAACUUGUACUAUGGCGUACCCAAAUGCCACCCUGUCCUUAGGAUGGACCACUGAAUGGUACAGUGGUAUAAAAAAUAAAAGUUAUACACAUGACAUGGUGGAAAAAAUGGAAAAAAUAUGUAGGAAUACAUCACAAAUCAUAACAUUUCCUAUACGGGCAGUGUAUGUUCGAGAUUCCUGGGGACCACUAAAAUGGCUUCUUGAUUCCAGUAAACGAUACACUUUGACAAUUUGGUCAUCUGUCAAUGAUGAUGUUGAUGUACGCGAUUUAAUAUUUUUAAUUAAGCAGAUUGAUAAGAGACGACUAUACAUGGAUUUGCCUCCAGACCUUAAUAACGCCCUUCAAAAAGCAUUGCAAAAUGGAAAUUAUUGAAUUCCUCAGUUGCAUUGCUACAGCAAAUAAAGCCUAUUCCACCUAAAAAGCUAUUUUUUGUAACACAUAGUUGCAAGCAAUGUGUUAAAAUACACACUAAACCUAUUGUAAA